UGUUGUGGCACGUAGUAAAUGGCGUCGAAAUUCGUGCCGAUCGAGAGUAAACGAGAGUAGGUACAGAGAUUUUGUGACUCCUCGGGAAACUCGUGAUGGGAAAAGUUUGGUCGGUAAUUCAUGCAAGAGUCGUGCCUCGCUAAAACUACCACCAGGAGACGUCCAAUUUCCGCUGGACAAGGCGCAACACAUGUCUUGUCGUCAGACGGAUGCUGACAUCUUCAGUGGUGGCGCUGUAUGGCGAGAGCUGUGACGAGGGCAGCUAACCCCGUGACCGAACACGGUGAGCUACCGUGCCGGCAGCCACGGGACCACGGCGCUCCUGAGCUAAGACUGCCCUUGAUGUUGCCUACCUUGCACAUGGACUACUCAGUCGCCGACACGGCAGAACUGCUCCGGCGGCCGGUCGAGAUAUACGUCAAGGAGGAGCGCGAGUCAGAGUGUGAAGACGAGGAGGCGGAGGCAAUGGUCGGCUCUGACCCGCUGUACGUGAAGCAGGAGCCGGAGUACUCGCUUCCGGAAGAUGCGGCCAGUUUGCCCGGUUCGUCAAAUGUAAAGGAGGAAGAGGAGCACGGAGACGCAGAGGAUGGAGAAUUUGCAGAAGCAGCCUCCAGGAAUUCACGGUCAUCCGGCGACGGUGCCGACGAGACGGCGGCGGACUCGGAGUACUUCUACUGCGACACUUGCUCGCAAGUCUUCACCUCCAAGUCGGACAUCGCGGACCACGUGCGCACGCACGCGGACGGCCACGUGUGCGGGCUGUGCGGCGAGGUGUUCGCCGCGGUGUCCCGGCUGCGGCGCCACCGCCCCCACUGCCCCGAGCGGCAGGUCGCCCUGGCGGCCGGCCGCCUCCGGGCCUCCCUGGGCGUGCACCUGCGCCGCCACUCGGACGAGCGGCCGUUCGCGUGCGGCGUGUGCGGCGGCACGUUCAAGCGCUCGGACCAGCUGCGCACGCACGCGCGCCUCCACUCCGGCCACAGGCCGCACGCGUGCGGCGUGUGCGGGCGCGCGUUCUCGCUGGCCGGCAACCUGGCGGUGCACGCGCGCCUGCACACGGGCGAGCGGCCGUACGCGUGCGACGCCUGCGGCAAGACGUUCCGGCAGGCCGUCUGCCUGAAGCGGCACGCGCGCGUCCACACGGGCGAGCGGCCCUACGGCUGCGGCGUGUGCGGCCGCCGCUUCACGCAGGGCGGCAGCCUCAAGGCGCACGCGCUGCUGCACUCGGGCGAGAAGCCGUUCGGCUGCGGCGUCUGCGGCCGCGCCUUCCGCCGCUCCUGCCACCUGCGCGACCACUCCAAGGUCCACGUGGCCGAGGCGCGCCAGCAGCAGCAGCCGGCCGCCGGAGCCGGCCCGGAGAAAGCCGCAGAGGAGGGAGCGGAAAAGUGACUCUGGAGGGGUAGCGGGUCGGACCUCUGUCGCUGUCGCCUCAGAUACUUACCCGUUUGUAUUUGUAUUUUCUACGAGCAGUACAGUGAUCGGCCCGUACUUACCUUCGAGAUGUGAAAUUGCAAAUACUGCCAGUAGGCGCGUUUAGCUCUCGGAACCCGUACGUACCUUUCUGGGCUGAGAAAGCGGGGAGCAGCGGCUCACUGGGAGGGUGGCGGGAGGCGGAGGUCUAGUAGUGUAGUGAGGUGAGGUGAGAGAGGUGGGUACAGUGGGGUGACAGAUGGAGACGUAUUAGGAGUGGGAGGAAAGACAAGUGGAACGAAUAUUGCAGUUAAGAAACAGGCAAGUCGCAGAGGGGGCGACGGUGGUGGUGGAGAGGGAGAUAUCGACAUAAACUACAGAACAGUGUUACGAAAAGGACAGUUGCUACUCACCGUAUAGCGGAGAUGCUUAGUUCCAGAGCGGCACGACAAAACGUGUCACGGACAAAGCUUUCGGCCAACAACCGAGGCCUUUAUGAAAACACACACACACACACACACACACACACACACACACACACACUGUGCUAGAGUGAGUGUGUGUGUGUCACUUUUUUUUGUCAUACCCCUCUCGGACUAAGCAUCUCCGCUAUAUGGUGAGUAGCAACUAUACCUUUCAUAAUAUUGUUAAACUCUGUCCUCGAUUUUCCAUUGUUUAAACUACUGAACAGAUACAGCAAAUAAUGAAAUUCUACCGACGGAAAAACGGCACAUUGUCAAAGGAUUUAUUUCUCUGCUCAUGGAGCUCACUCAGUCUGUUCGUGUUUGCCGGUGAUAUUUCCUCUCUUCUCUGUCCCCUCUUUCCGAGUGACUCUGCCCGCACUCGUGUGUCUGUGGAGCACCAUGCCUCCUCCCCCCCCCCCCCUGUCUGUCUCAGUUUAUUAUGUUCGUCGAUAUCUUUUUGUGGAAGACAACUCUGCAGAAUGCAUCUUUGGGUUGGGUUUCAUUUUUCGUCUUCCUUAUUGUGUUUCAAGGAUUGUAUACAAGUUCUGUGAUUGUGGUUUUGUGAAAAUAAGUCAAUU